ACCAAUAGGUUAAGUCAACAGCAGCGAUGACAGCCGAGUUUAUUUCACCUCAAAGUGACUGAGACUCGCAUCUUGCUGCGUCGCAUCCAAAUCCGAUUGACCCCUUCUGUGAGGAUGACAAGGACAUACAGGAUGAAUUCCGCUUUCAUACUUGUGUUACUUGGAGUGGUUGGGGCUGUGGCCAAUAAGGAGGAUUGUUUUUCGAGUCAGUAUACAACCAGCGGAGAAUGCUGCGAACAGUGCCCGCCUGGCGAGGGCGUCGUCAAACAAUGUGGAGUCACACAGACUGUCUGCUCCCCCUGCCUUGACAGUGAAACCUUCUCAGAAAACUUCAGUCACACAGAUAGAUGUCAGCCCUGCAUGAUAUGCACAGGCCUACUUCGCAUGAAGGCACCCUGCACAGAUUCCAACGACGCCACCUGUGUUUGCAACUAUGGCUACUAUAUGAAUGAACUCUCUCAGCGUUGCGUACCCUGCACCAAAUGUCCUGAAGGCCAGGGCAUGCUGCUCAGCUGCGAGUUUGACCAUGACACGAUGUGUGAAGAGUGCAACAGGGACACCUACUCGGACCAGGAGAGCUCUCGGGAGCCCUGCAUUCCCUGCACUACCUGUGAUGAUGGGGAAGAGUUAGAGCCCUGCACCUCUCUCACUGAUACAGUUUGUAAAGCUCCAAAUUACGAUGAUUUGGAUCCCACGCCCUUCUGGGGUAACUUCACACCCACCUAUGAUGACUACUCGUCAGAGAGCCCACCACCAGAGGGGCCUAGAGACACCACCACCACCACCACCACCACUAAUGGUGAUUCCAAGGAGCCGAUCUACCAUCUGAACGACAAACUCAUCCCCAUCUACUGCUCCAUCCUGGCAGCUGUUGUAGUCGGCCUCGUGGCCUUCAUCAUCUUCAAGAGGUGGAACAGCUGUAAGCAGAACAAGCAAGGAGCAAAUAACUGCACAGCCAACCAGAACCAGACGCCCUUACCUGAAGGUGAAAAGCUGCACAGUGACAGCGGCAUAUCUGUGGACAGCCAAAGUCUGCAGGAGCAGCAGGGCCAGACUCAGGCACAAACAGUUGUCACCAUGGAUGAGGAGCCUUGUUUGCUCCUUCCUCUCCAAACCAGAGAGAAAGUGGAGAAGCUGCUGUUCAGCGGCAGCGAAGGAGACGACUGCAAACACAUGGAGGACAGCGACUGGUGCAACCUGGCGGGCCUCCUGGGAUACGAGGAGAAGCGGAUCGCCGCCUUCCAGCAGGAAGAGAAUCCUGUCCGCGCGCUGCUGUCUGACUGGGCGAGCAAGGACUGCGCCAGCAUCGACACGCUGUGCACGGCGCUGCGCAAGAUCAACCGUGACGACAUCGCCCAGAGUCUGGUGCUAAGCCCGAGUGCUACGAAGCCCACCGCCACCUCUGUGGUGUGAUUGAAGCUCAACCGUGAGCAAAACCACCUUAACCCUUAUAUUCUCCCAUGGCCUCCCUCACUCCACAUAAUUCAUGCCAGAACCGCUUUGAGCUAUUGCCUCAUGAAGCCAGCAGUCAAAUACAAGGAGUCCUGAAGAAUCAUUUCAUGUUUAAUUGAAGGAGAAGAAAGGGAUAGGCCCGAAAUUAGACAAAAAGGGAUUGAAUCGCAACGUACCUAAUCACGCCAAAACCCUUCAUGUAACCAUCAGGAUAUGCUUGCAAUCAAUCAUGCUCACACUUCAAAAUCUACACAAUUCAAAGCCUAUGUUAAAGGAAACUGUCUGUAAUCAUUCCAUUUUUGUGCCUGUAUAUCCACACAAUUUGACAUCCAGUUUACCGUUCUCCGGCUUUAUUGACCAUAGAGCAGCAGAGGGCUUUCAACUGAAUUUAUUGUGGACACCUGGCUCUUUCAGUCCCAAAACUUGAUCCUCUGCAUCUUUAUUCUUAAACAUUCAUAGUCAAUUUCUCCCAUAAGUAUAGUAUUCAUAAGCCAGUGUUGUAUCUUCAAAAAAUCUAUACUAACAAAGAGGAGUAAACGUCUGAAGAGAAUACCUGACAAGAGACAUUAUUUACAUGCCGUGUUAGACUAUUCUAGUUUAAGUUGUCAAAAGACCCGAUGAUGCCCUACAUACCACAGAGUAUCUGGAUCUUUGCAAAUAUGACAACCUGAGGAAGGAUGCUUGGACACUUUCUGAAUUAACCUUUUCUCCUUUAGCAACAAACAAAAGUCAAGCUAUUUAAUCUUAUUUUAAAUAUGUGUAUUAGAUUCAGAACAUUGAGCUUCAGGACAUGGAAUCUAAACUAAUUUGUUUCUGCAGUUUUUUUUCUGCUACAAGAACUGGACUUUGCCAACGCGGUGGUCAUUGACUGAGGCAACAUGAGACACUGUUCUAUGUGCUCAGACCAAUCUGCAUAACACAGGAGCUCCCACGAAGACUCACUCAUCCUGACCCAGAAAAGGGACGGACAUAAAAUCCAACUAUGUAUACAGUAUGUACAUGGGAAGACAAGUACACACACCAUACACAUACACACACACACACACACCUACAGUAUGUAACCAUGCAUGUACUACUCAAACGAACAGACACAGAGAUCAUGUGUACAUUUACAUACGUAUUCAUUGUAGAAGACAGAAACACAGAACACUUCAGAUCCUGCCAUAUUCUGAAUGGAACACUCUUAUGAGGGGACCAUAUAUUGUUUAAACUGAUUAUUAGUAGCCUCUGUGUCUUUAAAAAGAAUGUCCAAAAUCCAUAUAAUUUGCAAUGUGUGCUAUAGAUGGUGAAAUGCUACCUUAACAGUAAACAGCAUGCAUUAACUAGCAACUCAUUGUCAGCCAGUGCAGAGAUUCCAAGAAAAACACAUAAAGAAUAAUCAGGAUGCAAAACAAAAAUCCAGGGUUUUCUAUAUAUUUUUUUCCUAUUUUCUCAGGGUAUCUUGAAUGAUUGUGUUCCUGCAUCAAUAUUACACUUAUUAUUGCACCCUCUAUAGACACUGUGUUUAUACAAAGCAGUGGCGUUUGCGACUGACAAUCCGUCAAACAAGUGAAUAAGACAGGAAAACGGGCAAGAGAAAAAAGAAAAAGGGUGUCUUGUUUCCUCAUUGUUUGCAACAAUGACCUAUGGAUAAAAGACAAGUCAGUGGAGACAUAAGUCAAAGGAUGUGGGAUGAUCUGACCGAGGGGAAGCGGAAAAGUUUUGGAUUACUUAAAUGUAAAGGUGAAACCCAGGAUCUGCAUUUGCAUUAAUAAGCUUGUUUAAGCAUGCAUUGUGUUGUGUUGCACCCAUUUGGUUUGAAUUUGUCAAAGUUUACUUCAAAAAUGGUUUUAUGUUGAUAUUCUUAUGCUGCCAACUGAGGACCACUGGCCCCUUUUUGUUUUCUUUCUUUUUGGGGGAAGAUUUUUGAAGGAGCAAACUUACCUAAAUCAUCGACUUCAUCUGUUACUUUGAGGUACAGAUUGUACAUUGUUACUAACCACUAUCAUUCUAAGCAUCAUGCUGUAGUGUUACUUUUAAUGAAGGUAUUCCCACUCUUCUCUCUAAGGAUUGUUGUAUUUUAUUUCCUCAAUAACAACUGUAAAUGGUAUUAUGUUUCUCUUAUUGUCCUAUAGAUUAGUACUUAAAUGUGUCAUUUUGUGUAUUUUGCAUCCCAAGUGCCUGGGAACUAUUUCAGGUGUCCGCUGAUGCUGUACAUUUGUUGUUUUUAGCUGUUUUUCUAAGUAUGUUUUGUUUUUUAACUUGUAAAUAAUUUGUCUUUUUCUAGUUGUUAUUUUAGUUUCAAGCCUAGAAGGCUGUACUGUACAAUGUCUUUGUGAAUGGGACGUUGUUACAAUAUCAAUGCUGUUCUUUUUUAAAAAGGGUACGAAGGGCAAAGGGAAGGUAGGUGCCUUUGUGUGGUCGGAUACUUUUAACAAAUUAUUCACCACCAGGUGCAGCCUAUAAAUGUAGCCACAAAUUUAAAAUACCUUUAAGGCUAAUCAGUUCUGGAAAGGCUAUAAUCGUCUAUUUGUAAAAACACCACUUCCCACCAACCUCAACUAUACUACAUUAUAAUAUACUCUGGUGUGAUUGCUCUGUACAGCGAGUCAAUCAUUUUGCAGUAUGACAUUUUUGGGAAAUAUGCUUAUUAGGUUUUUUUGCAGAGAGUUAUCAGACAAAAGCAUAACCACUAUCAUAUGUGUGCAUUCUAUAUAAAGGCUACAGCCAGCAGCCACUUAACUAAGCAGAAAGACUGGAAACAGGAGAAACAUCUAACAUGGCUCUGUACAAAGGUAACAAAAUCUGCGUACCAGAACCAAGCCCCCAGCAAUUUUACAUCGUAGCCAAACGGUGGAAUUACAAUUUCCUGGUCCGUCACGUUAUGCCAUUGGGUCCAAAUACUUUUUCCCACAGACUUACACUGUGAAAGAGACAUCAUGAAAUGAUUGGCUUAUUUUUUUUUAAGAGGUGAUUAGUACAAAAACUUGAUAGCCCUUUGUUAAAUCAUUAGGUCCUAAAAGUUUCAAAAUGCACAAUUCGACAAAUCCAGUUAUUCAGUUAUUUUCUUUCCUCCGUUCAUGUAAAUAGACGAUGUUGAAUGAAGAUGUUUUCCAUAUUAGCCUACCACAUAUUACCUUCACUAAAAAGCCCUUCGUUCAUUGUACUAGAACUUAGUCAACACUUUCUUCAGAGUUGUGAACUGUGACUGAAGAUGGAGGAGUUUUCCUUGGACAGUAUUUGUUUAGUUUGAUAGAUAUGAGAGGUUUAAUAAAGUUAAUUGAUAUUGAAUUGCGUGUACAGUAAACCCAACUGAAGGUGAACAUGUCAUGAUAUUGCACUUGAGAGUAACAAAGUAGUCUUGUAGAUAGGGGUUUGGGGGGAGUGUAAUGAAAAAAGUCCUGGUAAUAAGACUGACAGGGCAACAGGACUGAAUGGUACAGAUCUGAGAAAUUCUGAAUGUUCCUUGUAUACUAAUACUGUACUAUACUUAAUGUGAAUUUGCAAAAUUCCUACAUCAGACAAGCAGUAACCAAUAAUAAAGCUCUGAA